ACUUGCAUGCAGACGACAUCGUCGUUUCAAAGUCAACAGUUUGGUUUCAUUUCUCCUACUGCUUGCUUGAUCAUCAAUUGUGGUUGUCACUGUUAUUUGUUAUUGUCCAUUCAGAGACAACUAAAGAAACAAAAAACAUUCAACUAUUUUCAGUAAAUAAUACUGGUAAUAACAAUAAGCUUCUCUGAAAGGUUAAUUUCUAAAUAACUGAACGGAUAAUAUUUUUUAACCAAAGGAAGAAAAGGGUUCCAUAAUACAAUAAUUUGUCAAAAUGUUUGGACGUUCCAUUCUUCAGGAAUUUCAAGAUGAUGAAUUUUUUGGGUUUCCCAAAACUCACAUGCGCAUGAUGGAUUUUGGAUUCAGUGGGCGAGAACACAUUAGGAAUCAACAGAGGUCUAAAAGCUGUGAACGUACUAACUGUAAAAAUGAUUUAGUAGGAUUUGGAUUAAAUGAAGACUAUUUUGGAAUUAAUGACAUCUUUAAUAACAUGCGUAGAAUGAUGGCUGGUAUGAAUCAUUCUCUGCAGAGCAAUAAAAUUGACCCAAAUGGGCACCAUUUUUCACAUUCUUCAUUUAAAACUUAUUCUAAAAUUGGUAAUAAUGCUCCAAAGACAUAUGAAGCAACGCAAUCUGUUACCACAGCACCAGGAGGUCUGAAACAAACAUAUAAAUUUGUUCGGGAUUCUGAAAGGGGAUAUGAUAAAAUGGCUGUUGGACGACAUAUCAAGGAGAGAGCAUUCGUAGAAGAAAGAAGCAGAAAUACAACAGGCUUAAUGGAAAGAAACAACCAUUAUAUUAAUAUGGAUGAAGGUGACAUGACAAACUUUUGUAAAGAAUGGCAACAGCGUACACUGAAAACUGGUAUAGAUAGACCAUGGUACAAACCAAUUAAUAGAAAUCCCAAACGACAAAUGAUCACAGAUGGCAUACAGAGAAGAAGCUACAGAACAUAGAUUUAAACAACGCAUGGAUCAAGAACAAUGAUGGAAACUUGAAUGAAUUCCUCUGCCAGCUUAAGAUAUGACUACUUGUUAUUUGAUCGACACAGAUUUUGAGCAGCCAGCAUCUAAGUCCACCUUCAACACUUUGAAAUCCUGGGCAACUGAAUUGUUGUGCAAAGCAGAGUAGAAUUGUUAAGAAACUAAAACACUUUUUUGUUUUAAAUAUAUUACUAAAAACUAUUUGUUGUAAAUUUUUCUCAAUUAAAACCUGCACCUUUUAUUAUAAUAAUUUUUUUUUUGCAAAUAGAUCCCUGUCAAUAUACACCUCUACCUACACUUCUAUAAAUUAAAUUUAAGCAGUUUCUCCAACUUUAUUAAUAAUUCCAUUUAUUUGAUUUUAUAUUCUGAAUGACUCUGGGUUUUAUCUCAUGCCAAUUCAUCCACUUAUUAUGUGGCAUUCUUAUAGCUAGUUUCUGUAUAAAUAGUAUCUUUUAAAUGGGGUAAUCAACUGAAAGAAAUUGUGUGAUCUUUGUUGUAAAACUUCUGGAGUUUCCUCUCAGAUAAAUUAGUACAUAACUGCUCAUUAGGGUUCAGUAUUUGAGGUACCCAUAUUAUUGUAACAGGAUUUGUUAUUUAAUUACCAUUUAAUAUCCUGCAGUUUCUAUUUGAUAGUAUUUUAACAUCUUAUCAUAUAUAGCUUUUCAAAUUUGAAAUCUCAGUAUUUAGCUUUCUGAGUCAAAAACAACUUUUAUAGCAUUUUUUUUUAUCUUUCUUAAAAAUAUGUAUCAUUAUGUUCUCGUAGAGGAAGUGUAUUCCAAAAUAUUUCUAAAUUUCUAUAAAUAUGUUACAGAUAAUAAUUAAAUAAAUUCUAUGUGAAUGCAUAAAUAAGACUGCAAUGAAAAUUAAUUUAUAUAUUUAGAUGAAAGUAAUUUAUUUCUGAAAAGACUAAUUUUAGUUUGGCAGAUCUUACUCAAAAUACCAUUGUGCUCUUUUAUAAGAGACUAACUAUUAGUAGAUAUAUUUGACACCAUCUUAUUGAUGUGUUUAAAUUAUAGUUGUCUACAUGUGGAUGUGUAUAAACCUGUUUUAUCAAAUUCCAUACAACCUAUUACAUUUGUCACAACUGGUUCUCUCAUAUCCUAACUGUAGCUAUCCAAUACAUUUGUUUUUAACCUAGACACCAUAGAUACACUUGUGGACUGUAGGUCUCUCAGAUAUGGCUCUUUCAAUCCUGACUCUAACUGCCUGCAGUUUGUGUUGGAUCAUUUAUUUUAGUCCAGCUGCUGCUCACCUCUUGAGUAUCUGACCAAAGUUUACUAGCUGUCAAUUGCUCUCUGUGUAUUUUACAAGACCUUGGUUUUCUCAGGAUUUCUCAUUGAAUAUUCUGGAUUACUCUCACUGAAUAUUAGAAGAACUGAACACUUUUUUUUAAAAUAUUUAUACUUCCAGUUAAAAAAAAAAAAUUUAAACUUGAAAAUAUUAGUUUUUUUUUAUUGAUCUUACAGAAAAAUACAUUUCCAUUUAGAUUUUCAAACACCUCCCUUAAUAUUUUUAUUGGCUGCUGUCAACUGUUUAGAGGUUUAUGAUUGCAACUCGAAUACCACCUAAAUACAGUAUGUGAAUGAAUUAUUAAUGUAUGAAUGAUAUCAGAUGAUUUUUAUCUUAUUUCUAUAAAAAAAGAAGAAAGAAAAUAAAAAAAAAAUAACUAGAAGAUUUAUUUUUCUUUCCAUCAGUCAAAAGUUAUUGAAACAAAGUGUGUUGCUUUUAAUAUAAAUUUCCUUCUUCAGUUUACAUAGUUUCUUUUACUGCUAUUGCCUUUGUUAUUGUGUUUCAUUGACAUUAGUUUGCAUGAGAAUCACUGUAAAUUCUAUUAAAUCAACUACUUUAACUAUUUAUUAUUAAUAUGUUUGAUAGUAUGUUGAAUGUUUCAUACUACUUCCCAAUGAUCAGUGUAAUAAAGUGAUCAGUUUUAAGGGAAGAGUUAGUGUGUAAUUACAUUAUUGUAUCAUUUGUUGCUGUUUAGCUUGUGCAUGUAACUGCAAUGCCAUGCUAUGUGUUGCAGCUGAAGAUAUUUCCUGUAUAUGAUUUUCAGAUAUUUUCUCUCAAAGUUCUGAAAGAAGCCAAAUGACUACUUUAUGGAAAGAACUAAUAAAUCUAACAUAACUAGACCAA